UGCUGUCUCAUUAUGUUGAAUAAGCAAAUGUGAUGGGGGUUCGACAGCUCUUUGCUCUGUUCUUGGUUUUCUUAUCAUUGACAUCGGCACAGCGUCCGAAUAUCGUGUUUAUUGUGGCAGAUGAUUUAGGUUGGAAUGAUGUUGGUUUCCGUAAUCCUGACAUGAAGACCCCAAACAUCGACAAACUGGCCACAGAGGGAAUCAUCUUUGAAAAUGCAUAUGUCCAGCCUCUGUGCAGCCCAUCUCGUACAGCUUUUAUGAGUGGAAUGUAUCCAUUCCAUGCAGGCAUGCAGCAUAUGGCACUAAAUGGGGACCAAACAGUGUGUGUGCCCCUCAACUACACAUUCCUCCCCCAGGAACUAAAGAAACUUGGUUAUGCCACGCACAUAAUCGGAAAAUGGCAUCUUGGUUUUUGCAAGUGGGAAUGCACACCAACGUACCGAGGCUUCGAUACUUUCUUUGGUUAUUACAAUGCGGCUGAAGACUACUUCACUCACACUGCUGGGGGAUACUUAGACUACAGGGACAAUAAGCUUCCUGCAAGAAACUACUCUGGAGAAUAUUCUGCUUUCACAUUCGCCCAGAGAGCCGUUGACAUCAUCCAUCGUCAUGAUGUAUCACAGCCGCUGUUCAUGUACCUCCCUUAUCAAAGUGUACAUGCUCCAAUUGAGGUACCGAAGAAGUAUGAGGAUAUGUAUCCGAACGUGAUUAACGAAGGGCGAAGAAAGUACAGUGGAAUGGUGUCUGCCCUGGAUGAGGCAGUGGGAAAUGUUACCCAGGCCCUGAAAGAUCGGGGCUUGUUUGAAAAUACUCUGAUUUUAUUCACUGCAGAUAAUGGAGGUCAUAUUCAAGCGUAUUCCAACAACUGGCCUCUGAGGGGAGGGAAGUUCACGAUCUGGGAGGGAGGCACUAAGGGGGCAUCCUUCAUGUAUGGUGCUGGGCUCCAGAAGACAAGGACAAGAUACGAUGGGAUGAUCCACGCUGUCGACUGGAAGCCCACUUUAGUAUCUGCUGCUGGGGGAAUCCCGGAACCUACCAUUGAUGGAAUGAGUCUUUGGGAUUCGAUUCGAAACGGCCUCCCCUCGCCAAGGACUGAGUUCAUCUACAACAUUGACUACUUUGAAAUUCCAAUGGAAGGUCAUGCUGGUAUAAGAGUAGGGGACUACAAGCUGAUCCUGGGGUACCCUGGAGAACUUGAUGGCUGGUUCAGACCCAUGAACAGAACCCAGGAUGACAUAUAUAAAGAGCCAGUUUACACCAAAGGAGAUGAACCAGUCCAACUCUUCAACAUUCGAGAGGAUCCUACUGAGCACAACGACCUUGCACAGAAGACACCGGACAUGGUUGCGAAGUUGCGUGCUCGGUUUGAGGAGUACAAGAAGACGAUGGUGCCAGCCAAUUAUCCAAAUCCAGAUCCUGCAUCUGAUCCAAGAAAAUAUGGAGGCGUUUGGAGCCCCGGGUGGUGCUAAUCAGAUUUACUUAUGUCAAAAUAUUGAUCAUGCUAUAUUGCAAAUGCUGUAUUUUGUAUGCACAUAAUAAGUGAAAAUGUGUCACAAAUGUAUUCUAAUGUUGCUUUAUGUUAUCAAAAGCAUAGCCAUGCCCAGCGUGAUUAAUUCGUCAAUGACUGAUCUUGACUUUUAUUAUAGCAUCCAAUAAAUUUUUUGUUAUAUCAUGUCGGCAAAAUCAUUAAAUUCCAAUGAAAAUAUCAAUCAUUGUUACAAAUUCUUAAAAUGAAAAAUCAUCUCCCAAAUGUGGACAACAUGAA